UGAGAUUGACAGUGGAAAGUUUUAUGCGAAACCAAAACUAAACUUUGGAAAUAAAAAAACAGAACGUAGAACGCUGGUUGAAGUGAAAUAAACAUUUUUUUCAGUAAAACUCGAACGUGAAAAUGUCAUUAGAAUCUUUUUCGGACGUAAAUAAAUUUCAGUCAUUUCAAACGGUGUGCUAUAUCAUUACCAAUAAUAGUGGAACAGCAGUCGACAGUGACCAUCAGGAGACCAUCUCACAGCAAGUCGAUUACGCUAGUGAUACUGGAAUAAGGAAGCGUAGAAAAAUCGAACUUAUACGAAAAAUGCAAGGUCAAGUUCCUGGGACUCAAACGGCUCAGCCUCCGCCACAGCAGCAGCAGAUUCAAGUACAGACUCAGCCUCAAACAGUAAUUAUUCAACAACCAUCGCAAGUGCAAGUGCAGCAACAACAGCAGGUCGUGCAGAACAAUGUUAAGCUUGAUCAGGCCCAGCAAUUGUCAUCAGUUGGACUGUUAGAAUUGGCCCAUCGUGAAUAUCAGGCAGUCGACUAUGAGAAUGCUGAGCGUCAUUGUAUGCAACUUUGGCGCCAGGAAAGUAACAACACAGGUGUGUUGUUGCUACUAUCAUCGAUCCAUUUUCAAUGCCGCCGACUGGACAAAUCUGCGCAAUUUUCUACAUUGGCGAUUAAACAAAACCCGUUAUUAGCUGAAGCAUACAGCAACCUGGGAAACGUGUACAAGGAGCGCGGUCAACUGCAGGAAGCCUUAGAAAACUAUCGCCAUGCUGUACGUUUGAAGCCCGAUUUCAUCGAUGGCUACAUCAACCUGGCUGCAGCACUAGUAGCUGCUCGCGACAUGGAACAGGCAGUUCAGGCCUAUGUAACUGCUCUGCAGUACAAUCCGGAUUUGUACUGCGUCAGAAGUGAUUUGGGAAACCUACUGAAAGCGUUAGGAAGACUAGAUGAGGCCAAGGCAUGCUAUCUCAAGGCAAUUGAAACCCGACCUGAUUUUGCCGUAGCGUGGAGUAAUCUAGGAUGUGUGUUCAACGCUCAAGGCGAGAUAUGGCUCGCAAUUCAUCAUUUUGAGAAGGCAGUCGCUCUGGACCCAAACUUUUUGGAUGCCUAUAUCAACCUGGGCAACGUGCUCAAGGAAGCUCGGAUUUUCGAUCGAGCUGUCGCCGCAUAUUUGCGUGCACUGAACCUUUCUCCAUACAAUGCUGUCGUACAUGGCAAUCUGGCUUGUGUUUACUAUGAGCAAGGUCUUAUUGAUCUAGCUAUUGAUACUUAUCGGCGUGCCAUCGAACUGCAACCGAAUUUUCCCGAUGCAUACUGCAAUCUGGCAAAUGCCCUCAAAGAAAAGGGACAGGUACAGGAAGCAGAGGAUUGCUACAACACGGCUCUUCGAUUAUGUCCCAACCACGCAGAUUCGCUCAACAAUCUGGCAAAUAUCAAGCGGGAACAAGGUUACAUUGAAGAAGCCACAAGGCUGUAUUUGAAAGCGUUAGAAGUAUUUCCAGAAUUUGCCGCAGCUCACUCUAAUUUAGCAUCGGUGUUGCAGCAGCAAGGAAAAUUAAAUGAAGCGUUGUUACAUUACAAAGAGGCCAUUCGUAUUCAGCCAACGUUUGCAGAUGCGUACUCUAAUAUGGGGAAUACGUUGAAGGAGAUGCAGGAUGUGGCAGGAGCACUUCAAUGUUAUACUAGGGCCAUUCAAAUCAAUCCGGCUUUUGCCGAUGCCCAUAGUAAUCUGGCCAGUAUUCACAAAGAUUCUGGAAACAUUCCGGACGCAAUUCAGUCUUAUCGGACAGCUCUUAAGCUUAAACCGGACUUUCCUGAUGCAUAUUGUAAUUUGGCACACUGCUUGCAGAUCGUUUGCGAUUGGACAGACUACGAGGCUCGCAUGAAAAAACUUGUAGCAAUUGUGGCUGAUCAGUUAGAAAAGAACCGUUUACCGUCGGUUCAUCCACAUCAUUCAAUGUUAUAUCCAUUAUCACAUGAUUUUCGCAAAGCGAUUGCCGCACGUCAUGCAAAUUUAUGUUUGGAGAAAAUAAAUAUUUUGCAUAAACCGCCGUAUAAAUUCUCUCGGGAACUGAAUGGGCGCUUGAGGAUCGGUUAUGUAAGUAGCGAUUUUGGAAAUCAUCCUACAUCGCAUUUAAUGCAAUCGAUUCCCGGAAUGCACGAUCGUUCGCAAAUAGAAGUUUUUUGCUACGCGCUUAGUCCAGACGAUGGAACCACGUUUCGAAGUAAAAUUUCUCGGGAAGGCGAACAUUUUGUUGAACUGUCACAAAUUGCUUGCAACGGCAAAGCAGCCGAUCGCAUCCAUGCCGACGGUAUCCAUAUUUUAGUUAACAUGAACGGAUACACCAAAGGAGCCCGUAAUGAGAUUUUUGCUUUGCGACCAGCACCAAUUCAAGUUAUGUGGCUGGGUUAUCCUGGAACCAGUGGCGCUAGUUUUAUGGAUUAUAUUAUAACUGAUAUAGUAACAUCGCCUAUGGAAUUGGCCGACCAGUACAGCGAGAAAUUAGCAUAUAUGCCACACACAUAUUUCAUCGGUGAUCAUCGCCAAAUGUUUCCUCAUCUGAAGGAGCGCUUGAUUGUAAGCGGUAAACAGCAAAGCAACCAAUUAGUAGACAACGUCGCUGUUAUUAAUGCGACUGAUCUUUCUCCGUUAGUUGAAAAUACUGAUGUUAAAACUGUUCGUGAAGUCGUUAUUGCAAACAAGCCGAUGGAAAUCCAGCACAAAGUCGUCGAGCUUCCAACAACAACUCCGGUCGAAACAAUGAUCGCAUCUGGUCAAAUUCAAACUUCGUUAAAUGGCGUUGUUGUUCAGAAUGGAUUGGCUACUACCCAGACUAACAACAAAGCUGCUACUGGCGAAGAAGUUCCGCAAAACAUUGUCGUCACAACACGGCAACAAUACGGCCUACCAGACGAUGCAGUCGUGUACUGCAAUUUCAAUCAAUUGUACAAAAUUGAUCCUCACACACUAACAUCAUGGGUCACUAUCCUGAAGCACGUUCCAAAUUCGGUACUUUGGUUACUUCGUUUUCCCGCCGUCGGGGAGACCAACAUACAAGCCGCCGCGCAACAAUUGGGUCUAGCACCUGGAAGAAUUAUUUUCUCCAAUGUAGCCGCCAAGGAAGAACACGUAAGACGAGGUCAAUUGGCCGAUGUUUGCUUAGACACGCCUUUAUGUAACGGCCAUACCACAUCAAUGGACGUUCUGUGGACGGGAACACCGGUGGUUACAUUGCCCGCUGAAACACUGGCUUCCAGGGUCGCUGCAUCACAACUAGCCACACUUGGUUGUCCAGAACUAAUUGCUCGAACCCGGCAAGAAUAUCAGGACAUCGCCAUUAAAUUGGGCACUGAUAAAGAGUAUCUGCGGGCAAUACGCGCCAAAGUUUGGGUGGCACGAUGUGAAAGUCCUUUAUUCGACUGUAAACAGUAUGCACAAGGUUUAGAAACGCUGUUCUACAAAAUGUGGGAAAGAUUCGCUCGCGGAGACCGACCCGAUCAUAUCUCGGCUAAGGAAAGCUCCAAGUGAACAGCAAAUUGACGCCCGUACUGAUGAGAGUUUAAAGAAAAACCAAAUAGUUUACAGAAAGGGCAUGUAAACUUCUAGUAAUUAUAUAUUGUUGAAUGAAAUGGGUCACGGUGUGGUAGAUUAAGUCUUAGACGAAAAUUUUGUUUUUUAUCUAACAACGGGAAUUUUUCAAAAUUGACAAAUGUAAUCUUUUGAAAUUCUGUUUAAUUUAUAAGUAUCAUUCGCUUUUAAUAGCUGGUCAAAAUUUGUAUAAAGUAUAUUAGCAAUAUGAAAAUCAAUAAUAAUUAUUAUUCAUAAAGCUGAAGUUGAAUAAAUAGCUUGCUUGUUCGUACAGUACAGCGUGUCAGUAAAUGAAUCCAGUAAAAAAUGCUUUAGUUUAAAUUUUUAAUAAAUUGAUUGAAAUACACAGAAAGGCAUCCGAAACAUUUAAAAUCUACUUUCAAUAAUUUCGAAACGUACAACAGAAAGCAUCAUUCAACAACCAACGUUUUGUAGAUAGUGUCAUCUGUUAUAUGAUUACUAUGUAGUUGAAUAUAUUCUGUAAUGACGUCCUAAGUAUAAUAAACUUUACAAGCGGCACUAGCACGAACUUUACCAAUAAAGUUUGUCUGUCGAAGUUAAACGUCAUAAUUACAAACAAUCAUCACCCAAGCCAACACGAUGUAAGUCAUUUAUGGAAACUUAGGGUGGAUUUCCGGUUGCUUGCACCUAUGAUCGUUUCCUCUCAACAUUUUUAUCGAAAAGAAUAAGUUUGUACAUAGACACUUCUUAGCUUAGUGGGUUUUUAGUGACAGCCACAGUAUAGCAGAAAGUUAUAUUUUCUGUAUAUGGAAUUAACAACUUUAUCAAUAAUAGAGUGUAAUAAAAUUCAUGUUACUUA